AUGCCGGCGGACUGGCCACUGUCUGUGCCAACCAUCCAAAUUGAUAAAGCCAUAGUGCCGUCGGAGAAAGUGAAGAAAUGGUUGCUCCAGCUCACAGCUUACUUGUUCCAUCAGAACGGAUCUACAGUGGAAGGAGUGAUGAUGUGGCGAAAGAAUGUCGACCGAGACGUGGAAGGAGCAGAGGCGUGCACAAUCUGCAUGAUGACGAUUCAUGCUACUAACCAUCAGCUGCCUAAGGUGAAAUGUCGUCAAUGCAAGAACAAGUUCCAUUCCAACUGCUUGGUAAAUUUUUAA